CAGAAGUGUGUGCUGUAUAUAUAUCGCCUACCUCCAGCUACCUCGCUUGUCAAAUCCUAAACCAAACACCUCCAUAGCCUCCUGAGCUUAGCUUAGCAGCUUGGCCUAGCUUGGAGUAGCUAGCUAGCAAGCCUGACUGACUGGUUGAUUGAUUGGUCUACUCGCGCGCGCAUGGCGAAGGUACAUCCCAACGUGGCGCCGGCGACGGGCGUGGUCGGCGGCGAGCGGGGGGAGGAGGCGGCGGCGACGACGCUGACGGUGUGGCGGAAGUCGCUGCUGUUCAACUGCAAGGGGUUCACGGUGUUCGACGCCAAGGGCAACCUGGCGUACCGCGUGGACAGCUACGACUCGGAGAGCGGUGACGAGGUGGUCCUCAUGGACGCCGCCGGCACCCCGGCGUUCACCGUGCGGCGGAAGAGGCAGCUCAGCCUGCAGGGGGAGCAGUGGCUCGUGUUCGCCGGCGAGGCGGCGGACCGGGCGGCGCGGCGGAGCCCCGUGUACGCCAUCAGGCGAAGCGGCCGCGGCAGCAACAAAUCGCUGGCGCGCGUCACGCCCUGCGCUGGCGCGGGCGCGGGCGCGUCGGCGGUGGCGUACGAGGUGGAGGGGUCUUACGCGCGGCGGUGCUGCGUGGUGUACGACGGCGAGAGGCAGGCGGUGGCGGAGGUCCGGCCCAAGGAGGCGGUCGGCAGCGACGUGUUCCGGCUGGUGGUGCAGCCCGGCGUUGGCGUGCCGCUCGCCAUGGCCGUCGUGGUGGCGCUCGACCAGAUGUUCGGGAGGCCGUCUCUCUUGAGGAGCUGGUCCUCGUAGACCUUCCCUCACUUUUAGUUCAAUCUAGCUAGUUUCUCUCUGUCUGAAAUUUUUUUUGCCCCAAUUUUAUUGGGGUUAUGAAUAUACAGAGUGUUCUUGAUUCCUACAAUUGCGUAUAUAAUAUGGUCAAUUGAUCGUUAUUCUUUUUUACGUGAUAUGACAUCAAGUCCCAAAUCAUGCCAUCCACUGCCUUCGAGUUUUGGGCUCUUGGCCAAGACUUAUGUAAAUGAGUUUUACUGGUGUGCAUAUCUAAUUAUCUAUAUUUACACUAGUUUAAAUGUCCCUA